AUGGUAGCUGUUGCUGGGGGUGGCUGGGGGCAGCCAUGGGGAACCAGCACUUGGGGGCCCUUUUCCCUCUUCUCUGGCUGAGUCUGGGGGCUGCCUUGCUGCCUCCCCUGGAUUACCCCGUGAGGCUGUACUCCGAAUCCUCCCGCCUCUCCACUGUCCUGCGCCUGUGCCCUGCGUACUGCCUCUACGAGCGAUGGCGCCAGGCAAGCGUGGACCCCGGCCAGGCACCCCGGGCAUCGGCCAGGAUCCAGGUGCACGUACAGCCCUCAGGGGACAAUGCCACCUACAUGGUGCCCCAGGGCUUCCCGGUGCCCCCCUGCAGCCCCUUGUUUGAGGAGCCCCCCCACCCGCGGGAAUUUGCUUAUGAUGUGGGGCCAGGCCUGGCCUGCUUGAACGACACCUGCACCCGGGACCUGCUCCCUGGCCGGAGCUACAGGGUGCGGUUUGCUCUGUAUGGCCAAGCCGUGACCCCGGUGGCUGUGACGAACUGGUCCCGACCCUUUGAGACGCGAGGUCUCCCCCGCAGCUUCCGCGCCCUGGAGCCCGGCCCGGGCGGGCACUCGGGGGGCAGAGUGAUCGUCACCGUGCUGCUGAGCGUCUCCGUCCUGCUGCUGCUGGCUGCUAUGGGGCUGGUCCUGGUCUGGGGGCGCCGCUGAGAUGCUGCCGCCGCCUCCUGCUGGGGGGGGGGGGACCCCCCUCGCUUAUCGAGUGAACUCCCUGUCGCCACAUCAAUAAACACUUGGUUUCCUA